AUGAAGCUAACAGACAUCUUAAAACUAGACAAACCUCUUCUAUGUGAAACCUGCAAAAGAGCCUUCACCGAUCAUCUGGACCUAGCUUUACAUUCAAAGAAACAUAAUCCUCAAAAAUUACACACGUGUCACUUAUGUGGGUUCUCAGUAGCUACCAAGUUUCGAAUACGAAGACACAUCAACGGCCAUGCUGGAUAUAAAUGCGAGAUAUGUCUAAAAGUGUUCAGGAAAGCUAGAGCUGCCUUGAAGCAUUCCUACAGUCACACUGGAGAGAAAAUGUACCAGUGCGAGAUAUGCGGCAAACAUUUAGCUAAUUCCAAGAGUCUGGAUACUCAUUUAAAUACGAUACAUCACGAAAUCAUCACUGGGAAGCCUUUGGUUAAGUUUGAUUGUCCUAUAUGUCUCAAACACUACGAGUCUGAGACGGGUCUGCGACGACACUACUCCAGUAUGCAUAAGGAAAUGGGUGUAGACUUGACUGUAAUUUGUGAAGUGUGUGGAAAGCGUAUUUCGAACAGGACUAGACUGACGCGACAUAUGCGCACGCAUACCGGCCAAAAACCGUUCCCUUGUACGGUCUGCGAGAGGCACUUUGCUACGAAAUGUCUGUUGACGUCACAUCUUCGCGUCCAUACGGGAGAAAAACCAAACACCGGGAAGAAGAAACAACAAAGAAAAUCUUCCAUAAAAGUUCCAGAACCAGAAAUCGACGAAGAGCUGAUGAAGCUAACAGACAUUUUAAAACUAGACAAGCCCCUUCUAUGUGAAACCUGCAAAAGAGCCUUCACGGAUCAUUUGGAACUAGCUUUACAUUUGAGGGAACAUAGUCCUGCUAAGUUAUACACGUGUCACUUAUGUGGCUUCUCAGCAAAUUACAAGAGACGAAUGCGAAGACAUAUCAACGGUCAUGCUGGAUAUAAAUGCCAGAUAUGUUUAAAGGUGUUUAGGAAAGCUAGAGUUGCCUUGAAGCAUUCCUAUAGCCAUACUGGAGAGAAGAUGUACCAGUGCGAGAUAUGUGGCAAGUAUUUGACUAAUUCUAAAGGUCUGCAUAAACAUCUGAAUACGAUACAUCACGAAAUCAUAACUGGAAAACCUUUGGUUAAGUUCGAUUGUCGUGUAUGUUUCAAACACUACGAAACUGCGACGGGUCUGCGACGGCACUAUUCCAGUACGCAUAAGGAAAUGGGUGUAGACUUGAGUGUAGUCUGCGACGUGUGUGGAAAGCGUAUUUCAAACAGGACUAGACUGAAGCGACAUAUGCAAACGCAUACGGGCCAAAAACCGUUCCCUUGUACGGUCUGCGAGAGACACUUCGCGACGAAAUGUCUGUUGACGUCGCAUCUUCGCACCCAUACGGGAGAAAAACCGUACGUGUGUUCGUAUUGCGGGAAAGGGUUCGGACAGUCGGCGCCUUAUAGAUAUCAUAUUAAGAUUCAUACGGGGGAUAGGAGAAACACCGGGAAGAAGAAACAACAGAAAAAACCUCCCAUAAAAGCUCCAGUGUCAGAAAAGAAGAAACAAAAGAAGAAAAAUAAUUCUAUAACCGUUCCAGAACCAGAAAUCGACGAAGAGCUGAUGAAGCUAACAGACAUCUUAAAACUAGACAAGCCCCUUUUAUGUGAAACCUGCAAGAGAGCCUUCACAGAUCAUUUGGAACUAGCUUUACAUUCGAGGGAACAUAGUCCUGCUAAGUUAUACACGUGUCACUUAUGCGGCUUCUCAGUAGAUUACAAGAUUAAAAUACGAAGACAUAUCAACGGUCAUGCUGGAUAUAAAUGCGAGAUAUGUCUAAAGGUGUUUAGGAAAGCUAGAGCUGCCUUGAAGCAUUCCUAUAACCAUUCUGGAGAGAAGAUGUACCAGUGCGAGAUAUGUGGCAAGCAUUUGGCUAAUUCUGAAAUUCUGCAUAAACAUCUAAAUACGAUACAUCACGAAAUCAUCACUGGAAAACCUUUGGUUAAGUUUGAUUGUCGUGUAUGUCUCAAACACUACGAAUCUGCGACGGGUCUGCGACGGCACUACUCCAGUACGCAUAAGGAAAUGGGUGUAGACUUGACUGUAGUCUGCGACGUGUGUGGAAAGCGUAUUUCAAACAGUGCUAGACUGAAGCGACAUAUGCAAACGCAUACGGGCCAAAAACCGUUCCCUUGUACGGUCUGCGAGAGGAACUUCGCGACGAAAUGUCUGUUGACGUCGCAUCUUCGCACCCAUACGGGAGAAAAACCAAACACCGGGAAGAAGAAACAACAGAAAAAACCUCCCAUAAAAGCUCCAGUGUCAGAAAAGAAGAAACAAAAGAAGAAAAAUAAUUCUAUAACCGUUCCAGAACCAGAAAUCGACGAAGAGCUGAUGAAGCUAACAGACAUCUUAAAACUAGACAAGCCCCUUUUAUGUGAAACCUGCAAGAGAGCCUUCACAGAUCAUUUGGAACUAGCUUUACAUUCGAGGGAACAUAGUCCUGCUAAGUUAUACACGUGUCACUUAUGCGGCUUCUCAGUAGAUUACAAGAUUAAAAUACGAAGACAUAUCAACGGUCAUGCUGGAUAUAAAUGCGAGAUAUGUCUAAAGGUGUUUAGGAAAGCUAGAGCUGCCUUGAAGCAUUCCUAUAACCAUUCUGGAGAGAAGAUGUACCAGUGCGAGAUAUGUGGCAAGCAUUUGGCUAAUUCUGAAAUUCUGCAUAAACAUCUAAAUACGAUACAUCACGAAAUCAUCACUGGAAAACCUUUGGUUAAGUUUGAUUGUCGUGUAUGUCUCAAACACUACGAAUCUGCGACGGGUCUGCGACGGCACUACUCCAGUACGCAUAAGGAAAUGGGUGUAGACUUGACUGUAGUCUGCGACGUGUGUGGAAAGCGUAUUUCAAACAGUGCUAGACUGAAGCGACAUAUGCAAACGCAUACGGGCCAAAAACCGUUCCCUUGUACGGUCUGCGAGAGGAACUUCGCGACGAAAUGUCUGUUGACGUCGCAUCUUCGCACCCAUACGGGAGAAAAACCAAACACCGGGAAGAAGAAACAACAGAAAAAAUCUCCGAUAACCGUUCCAGAACCAGAAAUCGACGAAGAGCUGAUGAAGCUAACAGACAUCUUAAAACUAGACAAGCCCCUUCUAUGUGAAACCUGCAAAAGAGCCUUCACAGAUCAUUUGGAACUAGCUUUACAUUCGAGGGAACAUAGUCCUGCUAAGUUAUACACGUGUCACUUAUGUGGCUUCUCAGCAAAUUACAAGAGACGAAUACGAAGACAUAUCAACGGUCAUGCUGGAUAUAAAUGCGAGAUAUGUCUAAAGGUGUUUAGAAAAGCUAGAGCUGCCUUGAAGCAUUCUUAUCGACAUACUGGAGAGAAGAUGUACCAGUGCGAGAUAUGUGGCAAGCAUUUGGCUAAUUCUAAAGGUCUGCGUAAACAUCUGAAUACGAUACAUCACGAAAUCAUCACUGGAGAACCUUUGGUUAAGUUCGAUUGUCGUGUAUGUCUCAAACACUACGAAUCUGCGACGGGUCUGCGACGGCACUAUUCCAGUACGCAUAAGGAAAUGGGUGUAGACUUGACUGUUAUUUGUCAAGUGUGCGGAAAGCGUAUUUCAAGCAGGGAUAGACUGACGCGACAUAUGAGCACACAUACCGGCCAAAAACCGUUCCCUUGUACGGUCUGCGAGAGACACUUCGCGACGAAAUUUCUGUUGACGUCACAUAUUCGCACCCAUACGGGAGAAAAGCCGUACGUGUGUUUGUAUUGCGGGAAGCGGUUCGGACAGUCGGGGCCUUAUAGAUAUCAUAUUAAGAUUCAUACGGGGGAUAGGAGGUAUCCUUGCACCAUUUGCGCUUGGAUUCAGUUCGCUUGGGGAUACACCACAGGUGGCUCUAAAGACGCUGAAAAGCAGAAACCUUGGUCAGCCGAUGGUGGUGGCCCCGAUUUGAAUUUAAUCUAA